AUGCGAGGUCCACUUUACGUAUCUUCAAUAUCUCGGCUAACUCGUCGCUGCAUCCUGUAUGAGGAGAUUGAUCCUGAUGGAGAACGAGUCCAGCUACUUGGCGAGGAAGAAGAGGAUGAGUUUAUUGGAGAGGCCGUCGAAGAUGAGCAAGAACUCAAUGUAAUGAACAGCGGAGACGAAAGUGGUGACGAGAUAAUCCGAGCAGCACCACGAUAG